AUGACUUCUUUGGUUCAACCUGAAUUCAGCAUUUCAAAGUUAUGUUCAGAUGGGGACAAGCUCUUGGAGGCUGGAGAGCUGGGGAAAGCCACCGCCCUGUUUAUGUCGGCCUUCAGGACACACGCCACCUCUGCCGUCUCCUACAUGCGCAAGCUGGACAAGUCCCGUCUGGAAGGGGUGAUUUGUACCUUGGAAAGUUGGCUAGACAGUCAUGGCGACAGUCAGCCUUCAGAGGGUCUUAAUAAGGGUUUAGUGGCUGUUUUUCUGUCCACCUUGAGCCCAAACAAUCUCUCUGCAACCAUUUUUAAAAUGGAAUCUCUCCUUCAGGCUGGUGGGCAUGGUUGCGAGGAGAUUUUUGCUCGAUGUACAGCUUUGCUUGAAGGCAAACGGCAACCUCAUCCAGAAGGUUCUACCCGUGUGUUGCUGGAGAUUACUCGAGCCCUGGCUUGCUUGUUCUUACAGCCUCAUAGUUCCAAGGGCCCGAGGCUCUACCUUAACGUUUUCCAGAGGAACAAAUCAGAAACUGUGAGACUGGUGCAGAGCAGACAACUUGUGCAUCUGCCCAAAAUAGUGAAGGUCUUUGGUCACCAAGUAAUGUGCAAAUACCCCUCUCUGGAAUUUGAUACUAAGAUGGCAGUGAUUACAAAGGAGAAAAAUACGUUAGAUGAAGAGGAUGUUUCCACAGCUAUUGACUUUUUAUUGGCCAUUUCUCCUGGUGAUAGAGAUGCACAAGAACUUCAGGCAGCUUAUCUCUUUAUGACGGGCCGGUUUGCAGAGAGCACAGACGUGUACGCUGCUCUCUUACACUAUGGCCCAUGUCAGAAAACGUCAGAGAAUUCCCUAGACGAAUUACUUCAAGACUCUCCGGAGAGGAGAGCCAGACUCCUAACCAGCCGGGCGGCUGCCUGCCUGUCAGCCGGUGGAAAGAUUGCAGAGGAGUGCAGGGAUCUGGGGGAAGCAUUUGAGAUCCACCCUGCCACUGCCCGAAUUUACUUCCAAAAACUCUUUACUGCUCAUGGAACGGGGACGGCUGCUCGCUGCCACCUCCAGCAGCAGGCAGAGAAGGGGUUGGCUGGUUUCAGGGAGAGGGUCCUCAUCCGAGCAGACUUACGAUCCACUGAAGGAGUCGAACUCCUGGACACUGUGAUCACUGCAUUGCGGACUCUGUGCCAUCUAGAGCCUGACGGGGGUGGCAGAGAUUUGAGGGUGCGACUGGCUGAUUGUCUGCUCUUUAGAGGGGAGCACAAAGAGGCUCUCUCCAUCUGUAGCCAGCUAGCUGCUGCCCAAGGACAACAGAGUUAUCUAAACACAGUUCAAGUCCUUCGUGGAUUUUCAAGACUUGUCUCUGAUGACCACAAGGGGGCAUUAGAAGACUUCCAAGCUGUGAUUGAACACAGUGCUCCUCAUCCAUGCAGCUGUGUGCGGGCUCUUUGUGGCAGGGGGCUCCUGCGCAUGAUGGGCGGCUUAAACUAUCUAACAGCUCUAGACUACAUGACAGCCAGCGGGCUGCAUCCUCAGGAGACUGCGCUGACCUUUCGCUGCCUGGUGCCGUGGAACUACCGAGGGCUUCUGUUUACUGUUCUGCUGGAGCAGGGACGGGUCAUGCUGGAGGCAACAGCAAAACACAAAUCCAACACUUUCAGUCAAGACUUCCAGCAGUCCCAACAGGAGGGCCAGCUUCAGGAUCCAUCGAAGAAAGACAAGCACAGAUCAGGGACCCCUGCUGGUGUCCAGUCCCUGGCUGUUUUGCUGAUGGAGCUGCAGCCCAGUGCUGAUGGGCCUCAGAUCCUCGCAGCAGAUGCUUUGUACCAGCUUGGCCGGGUGGAGGAAGCCUACAGGUUACUACUCUCCAUAGGAACCACCAAUCCUAGGGCACCUGUACUCGCUCGCCUUGCUCUGCUGCAGCUGCAUAGAGGCUUUCAUUAUGACACCAAUCAGCUGCUGAAAAAGCUGAUUGUGUGUGGUGAUACCAGCUGCCUGCGCAGCCUGUUGGCAGUAGCUCGGCAGAGAGACCGAGCAAUGCUGCAGGGACACUGCCACUCAGCAGCUAAACGCAUCCUGGACGGCAGAGGAGAGGAGGGUGCAGUCAGAGAGGCUGUGGCUUAUCUCUCCAUUGCUAUUAUGGCCUCCGGUGGCGAGGCAUCUGACUCCCUGUUGGAGAGAGCAAGGUGCUAUGCCCUGCUGGGUCAAAGAAAGACGGCCAUAUUUGAUUUCAGUGCCAUUUUGAAGGAGCAUCCGAAACACGUGCACGCCCUCUGUGGGAGAGGCUUCACAUAUCUCAUGCUGAAUCAAGAAAAGGAAUGCAUUCUCGAUAUCCUGGCGGCUCUUCAGAUAAAUGCUGACGCAGUCAUCAGAGACAUCCUGUCACUCAAGGACAGAGCACGGAAACUGGUCUGUGACUGGCUGCAUCAGUCCUGUCGUACCAGUCUGUCAGACACUGUUUGCACAAGCCCUGUUCCCUGCCAUGAGGCGCAGCUCAGAGAGGCUUUUAUAAUUGGCAGAGCUUUGAUGAGGACAGACAGCAGAGAUCCAAGAUGGCAUCUUCUCUAUGUGGACAUACUCUUGGCUAAAGGCGAUAUCCAGGCAGCAAGUGCUCAUCUAUGCCAGGUAUUUGGCCAGGAGCCAAGGGAUGCUGUAGCACAGGCCAGGGUGGGUGUGGUGGAGGCCUGGCAACAGAAUUACCGCUGCGCGGCUCGCAGGCUCAGCAAGCUGAUCGAAAAAGACUUAUCUAGUCUGGACUUCUUGCUGGCUCUUAUCCCAUUUCAUCAGCGAAAAUGUACAGCACAGGCUGCAUCACAGGAGGCCAGCAGUGUGUCAUCAGCUGGCCACUGGGAUCAGGCCCUCACACUCCUGACAGUGGCGGUGCAAGGGAUGGGCAAUCAGAGGUUACAGUACCUUCGCCAGCGAGCCGCCUGUUUUUCACAGCUCGGCUCACACGAGCGGGCCGUAGCUGACCUGGACAAAGUCAUCCAGAAGCAAGGUAGACAUGACUCCACAAGUCCGGAUGACCCUAAAAUCUGGGUGGAGGAUCUCUGUCGACGGGGUCGCAGCCUGAUCUUGUGUUCCAGAGAGGCAGAUGCUCUGGAGGACUUCGCCCAGGCCCUACAGCUUCACAGAGACCAGGCCAUCCAGUGUGUGGAGGCUGGCCUGGGGAGACAGCGUGUGGCUGAAAGCUUUUUGCGAGGGGCGCUGCAGCACUACGGAGAGCAGAAGCUCAGCAAAGCCUGGACACUCAUUGAAUGUGGCCUUCUUGUGGACAGUGAGAACACAGAUCUGCGCAGGCUGAGGGCAAGAGUCAAACGGGAUGAGGCCAGCCCAUGCAACGUGAACUAGUGCUAACAUUAUCAGGAAAUCAAGUAGAUGACAAGCUAUUUAUAGCCUCUUUCAUGGUGCAGUAGGACACAUUAUUUUAGUUCAUAUUAUGUCUUCCAAGUUGAAUUUAAAUCUAGGUUUGUUGAAUGAAUGAUGUUUCUUAGCAUUCUUUGUCUUUGUAUUGGUAUUAUUUUAUUGUCAGGAGAGUAUGCAAAUAAGAGAUAGUCAACA